UGGUGACCAAAAGAGGCCCAACCAGACGGUUCACCGCCGGCGAGGUUUAGGAUCGGGAGAGUGCUUCGUCUCCGCCGCCUCCCUCAACCUUCACCGUCUGGAGGUGCGGCGACGGGGCCUCCCUGACCGUGCAAGUCUCCCCUAUCUCGCCGUGGCCGCAGCGGAGUAGACCUUGGGCCGGUGGUGGCGGCGGCGACGACGAGUCGCCACUCUCAUGAUAUUGAGGAAAUUAUACAACUAGGCGGCCACCACCCAACAAUGAGACAGUAGCAAUUCUUAGAAUGCAAUGGCAGAGAUUGUGAUUCUUCUAGCCAUUAAAAAGAUAGGAAUCGCCUUGGCAAAUGGAGCAGCAGACCAGGCUAGCGCACAGUUUGCGAAGUACGGGACACAAUUACUAGAGCUACAGGGCAGCACAAGACGCGUUGCCCGGGAGCUUCGAGUAAUGCAUGAUGUUCUUUGUCAAAUGGACAUUCGAAACCGCAACAAUCAAGUAUAUGAGGGCUGGUUGCAGGAGGUACAGAAAGUAGCACAUGUGAUGGAGGACAUGGUCGAUGAGUACAUGUAUCUUGUUGGUUGGGAACAUAAUACAGGUCUUAUCUUUUACCUGAAGAAAGGGUUCAGAAAACCAAGAUCUCUGCUCUCUUUGAAACGGAUAGCUUUCAAGGUGAAGGAAAUAGAGAAAGACCUUUUACACCUCUCAGAGGCAAAACACCGUUGGGUUCCCAUGAUAAACAUCGGGGAUACUGGCAGUUCAAAUUACAUUGUCAAGAUGUCCCAAGAUCUAGCAAAUAUUUCACGUUCCCUUGACGAAGAAGAUCUAGUGGGGGUGGAUAAAAACAGAGAAAAACUUGAGCAGUGGUUGGCAGGUGAUGAUUUGGAAUGCUCUGUGAUAGCGCUGGUUGGAAUGGGAGGGCUUGGUAAGACAGCUUUAGCUGCAAAUGUCUACAAGAAGGAAAGAGAUAAAUUCCAAUGCCACGCCUGGGUAUCCAUCUCCCAAACUUAUUCUAGAGAAGAUGUUUUGAGGGAUAUAGUCAAGGAACUUUUCAAAGAUAAAGUCAGUGAUCUAUCUAACACUGUGGCUAUGGAUGUCACAUGCCUUGAAGAAACAUUGAAGAAAUAUUUGGAGAAACAGAAGUAUUUGGUCAUAUUAGAUGAUGUUUGGAGUCCCGAAGCAUUUGAUGACUUGGCUAGGGCACUUAUUCAUAAUGAUAAGGGCAGUAGACUGAUAAUCACAACAAGGGAAGGUGGUGUGGCUACACUUGCCUCUCAAGGACAUAUCUUAACACUGGAAGCUUUACCAGAAGACAAGGCCUGGGACCUAUUUUGUAUUAAAGCCUUUCCAAAAGAUACAAAUCAUCAAUGUCCUGCAGAGUUGAAGCCUUUGUCUGAGAAAAUAGUUAGCAAGUGCAAAGGGUUGCCUCUUGUUAUUGUGUUAGUUGGUAGCCUCUUGCGUGCGCGUGAGAGAAGCGUGGAAGAAUGGAGAAGAAUAAAGGACCAACUGAGUUGGGAACUAAAGAACAAUUCGAGGCUCGAUCACCUAAGGAAUGUUUUACAUCUGAGCUUCAUCUACCUUCCAACACAUUUGAAAAGUUGUUUCCUGUACUGCAGCUUAUUUCCGGAAGACUAUCUUUUCAGAAGGAAACAACUUGUGCGGUUAUGGAUAGCAGAGGGUUUCAUCGAGGAGAGGGGUGAGAGCACAUUAGAAGAAGUCGCAGAAGGCUAUCUAAAGGAGUUGAUUGACAGAAACAUGCUACAACUUGUUGAGAGGAAUUCAUUUGGUAGGAUGAAGAAAUUCAGAAUGCAUGACAUCUUACGUGAAUUGGCACUUGGUUUGUGCCAGAAGAACUGUUUUGGUGCUACACAUGAGGCCAAAUGUAGGGGUUUGAUCGAGACUGAUUGUCGUCGAUUGGUACUGCACAAACUAGAAAAAGAUAUUCAACAGUCAUUUUCUAGUAUACACCGACUUCGAACUGUCAUUACACUGGCCAAUGACAUAUCAUCAUUCACUGUACUACCUCUGUUAUGUAAGAAAUCAAGAUAUAUGACAGUGCUAGAAUUAAGUGGUCUGCUGGCUGAGAAGAUUCCAGAUGCUAUUGGAGAUCUUUUUAAUCUCCGCCAUUUGGGUUUGCGUAAUUCAAAAGUGAAGAUGCUCCCGAGGUCUGUUGAUAAGCUUUCAAAUUUGUUGACACUAGACCUUUAUAGAUCUGAAAUAAAUGAGCUGCCUAGUGGGAUUGGGAAUCUGAAGAAGCUUAGGCACUUAUUUGCUGAGAAAGUAAUUGAUCCAGAUUGGAGAGAGAUUCAAUGUUCCAGGGGUAUGCGUAUCCCCAAUGGGCUUGGAAAUCUAACAAACCUGCAGACACUACAUGCAUUGGAAGCAGAUGAUGAGUCUGUUAGACAUUUAGGUGAACUGAGGCAACUGACAAGCUUGAGUUUGCGGAAUGUGAAGGGAAUCUACUGUCGACGCAUCAGUGAGUAUCUACUUCAGAUGCGGCAUUUGUCCAAACUAGAUGUGAAUGCAAGUGACGAGAAUGAGGUUCUGUUGUUGAGUGUCGUCCCACCAAACCUGCGAAAGCUACGUUUGAGAGGACGAUUAGCGGAAGGGGCAUUGGACGAUUCUCCUCUUUUCCAAGCUGUUGUGGGGCAGAAUUUGUAUUCAUUGGCUCUAUUUUGGUCACAGCUGAGAGAAGACCCCCUGCCUUCCCUUUCCCGUUUGUCGAACUUGACGCGUCUGCAUUUCAGCAGAGCAUACAAUGGACAGCAGCUUGCAUUUCUCACGGGGUGGUUUCCCAAGCUAAAGAUUCUCUAUCUAAGAGACCUUCCUAAUCUGAAUCGGCUAGAAGUUCAGCAAGGUGCCAUGGCGAGCCUGGAAACAUUCUACUUAGUCAACCUGAACAGCAUGACGGAGGUCCCACAUGGCAUUGAGUUCCUCAUGCCCCUCGAGUAUCUAGGCUUCCACGAAAUCUCUAGUUACUUCUUGAUGUUGCUACGCCAGUGUUCUGCACUUCGAGGGACACAGUUGCGCUAUACUCUUCGAGAUUGACCUGCCACACUGGUCGGGAAAUGUGUAAGUCAUAUGGAAAAGGAAGUGUUUGAUUCAGUGAGUUAUGGCGUCAGUGCAUCUGAAGAAGUGAAGAUGCAUAUCCAGUGUUCGUAUACGUUCCUGCAGCAGCUGAUGGACUACAUCCCGUCGAGGUUUCCUCUGUUUUUCAAAGAUGUACAACUGCACCAUUUUGCUGACCUCCACCUACGAUACUCUUCACUUCUGCUGCUCCUGCUACAUGUGGCUGUGUUUACUGCUCCUGCUACCUCUGUUCAUGUCCUUUUUCUUGUCACAUGUGAUUAUAAUUGCCUAUGGAUUCUGGCUGUUGCCUUUAAAUAGCACAUCACUUACUGUUGUUUCUGUAAUCUGCUAGUUGGGGGACCCUUGAAAUGAUGUCGACCAGAUAGCACAUCCGUUUUAGAAAUCUCUCUUAUUCUGGAACAUGCAUGUACAUGACUUUUUCCUUCUGGAUUAUGUUCCUUGUGAGCAAUACAUAUGUGCAAGGAAGAGAGGGGCCUAUAGAUUAUCAUUACAGUGUUUUAUGAGUGCUGAGGUAGAAACGAAUGGCUAGCAUACACCCACACAAGGCCACAAACUACUUUCCAUUUGGCUGUAGGCAUUCACUCAUGUAAAUAACACGGAAAACAAUCAAA